UUAGUAAACAAUUAUAAAAAAAGUUAGCCAAAAAAACACAAUAAUCAAAUCAAUCAAACCUACCAAUCAUGCAAGACCCUCUUUUUUCAUCUCCAAACUCACAAGAUUUUCUUGAGAAACAAACACAAAAAUAUCGUGAAGAGCCUACUCAUGAUCAAAAUGUGAAGAAAAAAAAAAUAAGCAAAAGACUUCCUUUACUCCCUCUCAUUUUUCUCAUCUACUUCCAAGUCUCCGGAGGGCCAUAUGGCCAAGAAUCUGUCGUGGGAGCGGCGGGGCCACUCUGUGCUAUAGCCGGUUUCAUCUUAUUCCCCGCCCUAUGGUCUAUCCCAGAGGCACUCAUCACUGCAGAGCUGGCCACCGCCUUUCCCAACAAUGGCGGUUUUGUUGUGUGGUCCCACACAGCCUUUGGUCCCUUUUGGGGUUACCUAAUGGGGUCAUGGAAAUUCCUUAGUGGAGUUGUAAACCUAGCUUUGUUCCCGGGUCUUUGUGUAGACUAUGUAGACUCCAUUGCUCCUUCUCUAAACCUAACCAAAACCCUAACUCGAUACUCUGUUGUUUUCUUCUCAACAACAAUUCUCUCUUUAAUAAAUUUCACUGGCUUACAUGUUGUUGCCCACAUCUCAAUACCACUAGCUGGCCUAUCCCUUUUACCAUUUUUAGUAUUGUCAUUUGUAGCAAUUCCCCAAAUUGAUCCGGGUAGAUGGAUUGUCAUUUGGAAUGAGAGUAACACACUUGGAAGGAAUAAAGAGUGGAAAAAUUACUUUCAUGCCCUUUUUUGGAACCUAAAUUGUUGGGAUAGUGUUAGUACUUUAGUUGGUGAGAUAAAAACACCUGAAGAAACCCUACCAAAAGCUCUAUUAUCAUCCAUGGGGCUAACUUCACUAGCUUACUUAGUCCCACUUCUAGCCACUACCGGUGCCAUGAAACCCGACCCUGAUGAUUGGAAAGACGGCUACUACGCCGCCAUAGGGGAAGAGCUCGCGGGCCCAUGGCUCAAACGUCUGAUCAAAUCAGGUGCAGUCUUAUCUGGGCUCGGUCUCUACCAAGCCCAGCUAAGUAGCUGCUCCUACCAGCUCCACGGGAUGGCAGAGCUAGGGCUUUUACCGAAGUUUUUCGGGGCCCGCUCGGGCACAUUUGAUACCCCAUGGGUUGGGAUUAUGGUUUCCACAAUCAUAUCCCUUAUGGUUGCGGCUUUUAGGUUUGAGAACAUGAGGGUUUGUGUGAAUUUCUUUUAUAGUUUGGGGACAUUGAUGGAAUUUGGUGCCUUUAUUUACUUGAGAGUGAAAUUUCCCAAAGCUGUUAGGCCUUUCAAGAUUCCAAUAGAGCUUAAUGGGUUGAUAGGAAUGUGUUCAAUUCCUUGUAUUUUUCUAUUGUUUGUGUUGUGUGCAGCUACUCCAGCUGUUUACUUUUUGAGUGUUGUGCUUACUUCAUUUGGUGUUUUGUGGUACUUUGUGUUGAAGAUGUUGAAAACCAAUAUGUGGCUUGAGUUCAACAACGUUAAAGCCCCCAAACUAAUUAUGGAGGAAGAUUAUCCAAGCUACUAUGAAGAAAUUGAGAAGAAAUAAGAGGAUGGUAACAAACGUUUACAGUCGUGUGUUUAUGCAGUGACUUAUUAUUAAGUGUACAAGAAGGAUCAUUAUAUUAUAGGUUGUAGAAUAUAUGUUGUAUUGAUAUAUAUAUAAAUAUAUAUGUGUAUGUACAUAUAUAAGUGAAAUCUUAUAUAUUGUAUAAUUUCAUUCUCAUGUACUCCACUUCUACUGUAAUGCUAUUUGUGAGAAAAUAAAUUUAUUAACAAUAUCUUUUUUCUAA